AUGGCAUCUGUUUUUCUUCAAUCAAUAUUUCAUCCAAGUGAAAUUGUAGCACUUGUUCAGUAUAAAUUUUUCAGACCUUCCCCUGUUAACUUCAUUCCUCCCGAACAAAAGGCAAAAAUUCGUUGUUAUGAAUUUUUAAGCCAAACUUCUAGGUCUUUUGAUGCCGUUAUUCGAGAAUUAGACGAUGAUAUUAGAGAUGCCGUUUGUAUCUUUUAUCUGGUACUACGUGGACUUGAUACCAUUGAAGAUGAUAUGUCAAUCCCCAUUAUGAAGAAAGAACCUUUGUUAAGAAAUUUUCAUGAAAUAAUUUAUAAGAAGGGAUGGACUUUUAACGAAAGCGGUCCUGAUGAAAAAGAUCGUCAAUUGCUCGUAGAAUUCUCUAUUAUAAUUGAAGAAUUCUUGAAUUUAGAAAAAAAAUUUCAAAACGUUAUCGUAGAAAUUACAAAUAAGAUGGGAAAUGGUAUGGCAGAUUAUGCAAAAAAUGCGUCACAUCAAGAAUAUGGAAUUUUGACGAAUGAAGAUUAUGAUUUAUAUUGUCAUUAUGUUGCUGGCUUGGUUGGAAAUGGUUUAAGUUGUAUAUUUAGUGCUAGUGGAUUGGAGAAAUCUGAGUUAGCAAAAAUUACCGAAAUUUCGAAUUCGAUGGGAUUAUUUUUACAAAAAACGAAUAUCAUAAGGGAUUAUUCUGAAGAUUUAUCUGAUAAUCGUAGAUUUUGGCCAAAAGAAAUUUGGUCAGAAUACGUUGAUGAUUUGGCAGACCUUAAAAAACCAGGAUAUGAAAUUAAAGCAAUUAAUUGUUUAUCAACAAUGGUAUUAAACGCUUUACAACAUAUCCCUGAUUGUUUAACUUAUUUAAAUAAAUUACAAAAUGAAAGUAUCUUUAGAUUUUGUGCCAUUCCUCAGGUAAUGGCUAUCGCUACUUUAACUUUAUUAUUUAAGAAUCAUAAUGUCUACAAUUCUAUCGUUAAAAUUCGUAAAGGUGAAACUAUUAAGUUGAUCUUGAAAUGCACAAAUAUUUAUGAGAUCGCAAAUGUCUUUCGUUAUUAUACAAGAGUUAUUAUUAAAAAGAAUGACCCUAAAGAUCCAAACUUCAUGAAAAUUAGUAUGGCAUGCGGCAAGGUUGAACAAUGGUGUCAAACAAAUAUACCAGAUAUAGACUCAUACCAUUUAUCAACUCCAAAAGGUUUAGACAAAAACGAUAAUAGAUUGAUCUUUGUUGUAUUUAUUAUAUUAGCUUUUACCGCUUAUUUUUUAGGAUACGAAUUAAAUAACUAG